UGUAACGAUUCGAUAUUGAUAUUGUUUCUAGAAUUAUGCGUGAAAGCAAAAAUGUCUUUAAAACUUAUACAUAUUGGAGUUUUCGUUAUUCCCAUUCUCAUGUCGGUAGUCCACAAUAUUGAAAUUGAGCCAAACGAAACAAUUUUAUCUGAAAUUUCAAGUAACAUAUCGCGCGUGAAUCAUGUAUUACAAGAUCUGAUGAAAAAAUACGAUCUACUUAAACAUUUGAUUCAAACACAGACAUACAAAAUCAACCACAACAAGAAUAAGUAUAAUGAUUUCGUUACAAUGAAGACACAUUUUAAAAUCAGAGCAAAAGAAAAGAUAAAAGAGUCAAAAAAGACUUUUAGGGCAACUGAAUCUUAUACAGAUCAAUCAACUGAAGACAAUGACAGUGGGAUACAUAAGAAAAAAAAACUAAAAGAAAAGAAAGUUAAUAUCUACGGUCAUUAUCGUCCAGGAGAUACCGAGGUCCAGUUACGAUAUCCUCCCAAAUCAGAUGGUAUUGGUAAGACUUUAUUCUUUACUGAUGCAUCUGAAAAUGAUACGAAUGAGACAUAUUACAAAGGGAAGCCAAGGGAAAAAAAAGUUUUCGGUAUAAAGGACACUGUUUCAUCAGAUUCGCAUGAAGACACAUUUGUAACAAAAAAAUAUCAAAGAACAACGCAAAAGAAAAAUAAAUUACAAGAAAACCUUAAGCAACAAAAGAUAACAAAUCCAAGAGAUUAUUUAGAUGACGAAAUAAUUAGAGGUACUACAAAAGAAAGUGAUAAUACAAAAGAUGUACAAAAAGUAUUAGUGAUCCAUAUAGGUAAUACAAAUUCUAAUGUAAAUCUACUACGAACAUCUAAUCCAAAUGAAGUGAAAAUUCCGUCAACGAAAAUGAAGCAACGCACAACGGAGUCAACUACUCAUACGUUUAAAUCGGAUAUAACAACCGACCCCAAUUCAGAUAUAGAAGAGCAUAAAGCGAUGCAAGAAGAAAUUUUGAGAGCGAAAACAUUACGACAUGAACUCGGUGAUGCUUGCGUCCUACUUGUCGUUAGGAAAUGUAAAAAAGCAUUAAAAGAUGUCCUAAAAGAUGUCUGCAAGAGAAGUAAAAAAUGCUCAAGUAAAUUCAACACAGAUUUUACUGCUAACGGCAUUGCUGCUUGUGACGAGGAGUUUAAUAAACCAAAGGGGAAAAAAGGUCGAAAUUAUGAUGAUGACGAUUCAGAAAAUGAUGAUCACGGUCAGGAUGAGGAUGAAGAACUGACUGGAGCAAACUCAAAAACUUGUGUUGUGGGCAUCCAGACAACGAUAUAA